UACGCCAAAAUCACGAGAGACAAUAGAAGAAGAAGAAGACUGGUGGUUUGAUUGGAACAACAGUCCGAUUAAAACACAAACUAGUGCAAUAGAAUCGUAUCGUAGCGUUGACGACGAUUCAAUAGCGAAAAGGGAGACGACUGUAAAUAAAGAUUCUGGAUUUUCCAAUGUAACACGAAAGACGAGCACGUCCACCACCACGACGACGACGACGACGACGACGACUCGUAUCAUUUCCGAGUCGUUUUGCAGCGCGCAAGACAAGAGGGCACGUGUCGCAAAACGUGUACAUUUUGAUUCAUUACCAACGAGUAAAAAAAUGAAAAAGGACGAUGAAAAGAUUUGCACAACAAUUGCGACAACAAGGAAAAAUGUGCUCGACAACGCGGAUACAGACGUUGAGUCCACAGCGACAAAGACGAGCACGUAUGAAAUCGUAAAAAAUACAAAAAGCGCAUCGACAAACGAGACGGAGAAAAACGACGUGACAACGAGAAAAUUGUAUCGCGACUCUGACGUUGGCGUAACGCUGAAAGAUUUAGGUUUCAACAAACAAAUAAUGUCGUGGAUUAACGUUAUUCGACAGAAACCAAUAAUGUCCGCGAUGCCUAUUACCAAAGACGAGUUGCUUGAAAGACACGGCGAUUUAAAAGACUUCGAACGUGAAAUUCUCGACAAAUUUUACAAAGCCGUCGAGUUGAUGCCCAUAUCGAUGCUUGAACAGUUUCCAAACUUUGACCCAAUUUCUUACGCCACAUUGCAGUGUUUGCGUCAACAUGUAAAAGCUAAAAUACGCCUUGUACAAACAACACUGUCGAAAUUAUCAAAGAAAGAUGAAACGGUAUACGACGCGCCGGUAGAGACACUUGUUGCUGUUGAUGCUGCUGCUGCUGCUGAUGGGUCUGCACCGUCCAACGCACGAGAAACAUUACGUUCCGACAUGUCUGAGACUCAUUUCCAAAACGACCACGCCACGUUUCGCGCACCGCGCACCUCGGUAUCCAAAUGCACUCUCGCACCCUUUCCUCGUCGUCGAAGCUCGGUUAGCGUAACGAACGCGUAUAUCGAUGCAAAGCAACAAGAGAACAAGGACGAAAUGGUAAAACCUACGGCAGCUGUUAAGCCACUUGAAACUACAAUUUCAACGAAAAGGAGUACUUUUAAAUUGAAAAGACCUAUAAAAACAAUCAUGAGUCCAAACGUUUGUAAAACAAUAGCGGAAAUGUGGAAUCAACAACGAGUGUCUACCGAGACGCGAAAUAUUUCACCGGCGUCCGCGUAUGUCGUCGCAAAGGAUCCCGUUCACGAUGAUUUUAAACAGCUGUCGAACACGGAGAAAACGACGCAAAAAACGUUCGUCGCGAACAGUCGGGCGACGCGGACGGCACCGAGCUCAGGUAUGGGCCGUGUUGAAAGCGUUAUCGGAACAAUCGACAGCUCUUUCUCAAUGACGCAAGACAUUGAACAAUUUCCGGCUUUAGGAGAAACGUGUAAUAUAGACACAAGCGAGGGUGUUACAAAAUGGUCAAAGAUGAGUUGGACACAACGCGCGGCGUACGUGGAUGACACGAUAAAAUUUGCGGUAGCGAAGAAUGGCGUGGAAUAUGGAACGUUUAUUGGAGAUUAUAAAAAUGACGGUACCAGUGGAGAAUUUGACAAUACGACGUACAAACAUUCGUUAAGAAUGAUCGAGACAUUUCGGCAGAUAUUCGGUUUGCAAACGUUUCGACCGAUUCAGUUUCAAGCUGCGAACGCGGCACUGUUAAAGUUCGAUUGUUUCGUCUUAAUGCCGACCGGAGGUGGAAAAUCACUUUGCUUACCUGCAAUGCUGACGCGCGGGUUAACGAUCGUUGUCUCACCAUUGAAGAGUCUUAUUUUGGACCAAGUGAAAAAACUCGUCUGGCUCGACAUUCCCGCGACUCAUUUGUCCGGCUCUACAACGACGAGGCAAGCAGAGGCGAUAUACAGGGAACUCGCUAAGAAAGACGACCCCACUCUCAAAAUAUUAUACGUCACACCGGAAAAACUGUGUGCGUCGUCAAAAUUUUGCAACGUUCUGACCAAUUUGUACGAGAGAGAGCUGUUGACGAGAUUCGUCAUUGACGAGGCUCACUGUAUCAGUCAAUGGGGUCACGAUUUCAGACCGGCGUAUAAAAAAUUGAACAGUCUUAGAGAUCGUUAUCCCAAAGUACCGAUGAUGGUUUUGACCGCGACAGCUACGCCGCGCGUUAGAACAGAUAUUUUGCGUCAAUUGCACAUAACUAAACCAAAGUGGUUCAUGUUGAGUUUCAACAGGCCAAAUUUAAAAUACAGCGUACGCGCGAAGCAAGGCAAAACGUGUUACACUCAAGUUGCGACCUUGAUAGAAACGACAUAUCCCGACACUUGCGGCAUCGUGUACUGCUUAUCGCGCAAGGAUUGCAACGAAUGUGCCGAGUUGUUGCGAAAACGCGGCAUUAAAGCGUCAAGUUAUCACGCGGGAAUGUCGGAUAACGAAAGAACAGACUGUCAAGAGAAAUGGUUCGUCAACGAGAUACACGUUAUAUGCGCGACUAUAGCCUUUGGAAUGGGUAUCGAUAAACCGGAUGUGCGUUUCGUGAUACACGCAACGCUACCAAAGUCUAUAGAAGGCUACUAUCAGGAAAGUGGUCGCGCCGGUCGUGACGGCGAGACGGCGGCGUGCAUAUUAUUUUAUCGUUACGCAGACAUGUACAGAAUCAGAAAAAUGAUCGAACUAGAUAAUCCAAAUCCACAAGUUUGCAGUACUCACAUGGCGAAUUUGUUUGAAAUGGUAACGUUCUGCGAAAACAUUACCGAUUGCCGUAGAUCGUUACAGCUGACGCAUUUUGGAGAAACAUUUAACAAACAACAAUGUCUCACGACGGAACGAACCACGUGUGAUAAUUGCAGCAGCAGCAAGGAUGAGAUUACGUGGUUGAACGUUACCGAAAUGGCGAGAGAUAUUGCGAGAGUUGUGAGAGAUAUCAACGAUAACAAGCGUCGCAAGCUCACGCUCAUAUUUCUGACGGAUAUUGUCAAGGGCAGUAAGCUGAAAAAGAUUCGACAAUCAGAUCUUACAAAAGAUCCUUUAUACGGUCGCGGUAAAUCGUGGAACAAGAGUGACGUGGAACGUCUCAUGCAUCAUAUGGUCGUGCAAGAUUACUUACAAGAAUAUAUGCAUACGAAUAGCGAGGGUGUCUGCGCGUACGUAAAACUUGGAUCGAAAGCGACGGAACUUUUGACGAGAAACGCCACACAGAUGGAAAUUUCAAUGAGACGCGCAAUGAAACGUAGUACGCGCGGUGUAUCUAAUAAAGUUUCAACAGUCGCAAAAAAACUCGACAACGUUGUGAAAGACGUGCAAGCUCGUUGCUAUGCCGAAUUGAUUGAAAAAAUAAGAGAACGUGCCGCGACCGUGAACGUUUCUGCUUCUUCCAUAAUGCACGUGAUUGCUAUCAGAGCAAUGAGCCAGCGUUUGCCGGAAACCAAGGAAGCAAUGUUUGAAAUACCGUACGUUACCGAGGCAAAUUUUGUUAAAUAUGGCAAAGCGUUGUUGAACAUUACGCAGAAAUACGCAGCCGAAAAAACAGCACUAUUAACGAAGAGGGAUGCGAAACGGAUUGACAAUAGUAACGCGGCGCGUCGAGAUGACGAUACGUCCACGUGUUUUCGCAUCGGUACCGUCGCUAGUCGCGGUACGCGUGGCGAGAAACGAAAAUGUGACGAUGGAUCUACCGACGACGUACCGUUGGCAUUACCCGCCGAUGAAAAGUUUAACCAGUUUAACCGAGGUGCCACAACAAGAUCAAACAGAGUAUAUAUCGGCGCGAAUGAACCUGCGUACGUAAAUAUUACCUCGCGUUGCGCUGCUAUCGAAAUGGAUUCGACUAGAGUUCACAUUGAACCAUCGUUGAUUCACGAUUGGGUAAAACAUUUACGUCGACGUGAAAAGGAACAGCAUCUGAAGCUAGUGUUCGCCAGGACAACGCUGGAAUUUCCCACGGCCUUUAACGAACUCAAAGAGUCGACCGUGAAAAUCAUCUUCAAACUGGCCAAUUGUUUAAAGCUAGAACCGAAAGUCAAGUAUAUGGCCAUUGAACUGUACGACACAUUUAUGCGCACGUACUUUUGGAAAAUCUAUCGAGAAAAAAUUGAGAAAAAUUGGUCCGAUUCCAAGUGGUGUAAAGUUUGCAAAAAAUUCUCCAAUCGCAACGAUUUGCAUUUGAUGUCGCGUUUUCAAUUGGCCAGUAAAAUGGAGUGUCGAAAGUCAAACAGUUGCAGUAGAAUAUCGCAGAUUCUCAAUAUUCUACGAUUGAUGAACAAAAACGUCGAGUAUACGCCGAGCAUGAUUGCUUCCUCGGAGAGACGUGUGUUUCAAAUGGUAGAUUUUAAAAUACCCAUGUACACUUUGGUGCAUUCCAUCGAGACUGUAUUGGCGGCGACGGGUUUCGACGACGAGCGUGAGCCAAAAAUGCUCAGCACUUCACUGGAAUUGUUGGAUUUGGCUUAUCUAACGGUCCUACAAUACGCCGAAUCAUACGCGGUACAAUUGCCGCCGAUCGAUCGUGACGAAGAACAACGUCUGGACGACGAUAGCCAGGCGAACAUUCGGCUGGCAAAAGCGAUCUCGGUGUGCGAAGAAGGACGAUUGCGCACUUGGAAGAGAUGCGUCGAUACGACGAUCGACAACCCGAUCGACGGCACGACAAUGGCCACGGCCCUUGUCACAGUGACGCAACAAUGCAGCGAGGAGGGACCGAUGCCACCGCCCUACCGCAUCGUCAUAGAUGUAAACGAGGAUGGCAUUAGAGCCAGAUCGUAUCUCCAUAAUUGCAACGCGGCAGCCGACAACAACAACGAUCGCGAUGAAACGAUCGUUGAUGAACGAGCGGCGAGAGAAGAAACGGCAGCGACGGCGGCGCGACAGCGACGCGAAAUCGAAGAGCUGCCACGAUUGUUAACCUCGCGAUUGCACCGCGGUGACCGAGAGAUUGGCCAGGUGACUCCAAUAAAACCGACGGCGCAAUCGCCAAGACAGCGCGAGCAAGGAGUGAUGACGCCGAAGAUGGUGACCCAGCAGCAGCAGCAGCAGCCGCGACCAGAGACAUCAAUGCCAAGCGAAGCAAGUGGAUGUCAACGGACAAACGGGGCAGCGAGCGGCAUGGAAAACGAUUCCGAAGCGGAAUCGAUGUCAACCCCGACAAGCGAGAGAUCGAACGCAACAACACCGCCGAGCGAGGCAACGUUAAGCAGACCGGCGAGCCGGCGGACGGAGGGGUCCGAAAGCGGGGAGAUAGGGCCGGAACAACGGCAACGGAGCGACGGACGCAACAACGAUGACGAGGUACAACAGGCGAACCUCGCGGAGCAGGCGACCUACGAGAUCGCGACGACCGAUCAAAUUAGAUCCGCAACAACUGUCGAAGCAAUGGGCGCAAUGGUCGAGGUGGAGGAGGAAGAGAACGCACCACCGAACGAAACAACAACGAGAACGAUGACCAAUCGAGACGCAACACCGCCCAACGUGCGAAACGACGUUGCGACAAGUGAUUCGCAUCCGAUCGCGACGCAAAACGAGGGCAAUGAGAGCGAAUACUGCUUAUCAACCAGCGGCGAACGCGAGAGCGCCGACGAAGACGAAGAGGAAGCAGCCGACAACAUUGACGAUCGCGACAACGACGACGGCCAUGAUGACGGCCACGACGCCGGAGACGGCGACGAGAAGGCCGACGAGAUAAAAGAAAAUGACCGUGGGUACGUCAGAUAUCAACGGGAGACGAGUCCAAUGAUCACGGUCGAGGAAGUCGGGCGCCGUAAAGCGUUCCAAACAGCGAGAGCAAUCAACCACACCUUGCUGCGGGAAGAGAUUAGAGAGAAGAAACGCAAUCAACGCGCGAACAAGCGCAAAGCGCUAACCGUACCGACGGAGGCUGACCAGCGAUCGACCGCGAUGGCAAAAACCAACCGGCGGGCGAACGAGGGAAAAUCGUCCAAAUUCGAACUGACAGAAAAGAUGGGAACAUUCACGGAUAAACAACUGCGAAACGUGGCAAUAUCGAGAAUCACGUUGUCACCACGAACAGCGGCGGCUCUAAAAGACGCGAUCCAUAUAAACCAAGGUGUAUGGGCGACAAAACCGCGCCCGAUAAGAGGGCCGGCAGUGAAGCCUCAACCGGAACGACAACCAGAAGCGGAAAACCGAGAGUUCCAACAGGACAAGGAUCCGGGAACGAGUGGACUGUCGACGACGACCAGCACGACCGCGACAACGAUGUCGCGAGGGACGCGGAGGACGUCCGAAUCGGGAGCGUCGACAAUCGCAAAAAGGUGA